ACACACACGCACGCAAACACACCCCUUCUGGCGCAACAAGUACAGUGUGUAUCGCAAGCAGGUCAGAAGUGAUGAGACACUUCAGCAGGACUUGACGCCGGUGUGUGUGUACAGGUGUGUGUGUCUGCGCGUGUGUGUGUGUAUACAGGUUUGUUAGUGUGUGGGCUGUGUGUGUACGCAGGUGUACUGAAGCUUGUGUGUGUGUGUUUGUGUAGAUGUACAGGUGUGAUUAUACAGGUGGGUAGGAUUAUUGUACAGGUAGGUGUGUAAGCGUGUACAGGUGUGUGUGUGUGUUUAUGGGUGAACAGGUGAGUGCUGUGGACAUACAGGUGAUUUUGUGUAGGUGUACAGGUGAGUGUGUGUAAGGGUACGUACAAGUGAUUGUGGGUAAGAGUACAGGUGAGUUGAGGUAUCAUUACAGGUGUGUGAUGAGGGUGUACAGAUGAUUUUGUGUAGGUAUACAGGGGAGUGUGGGUAGGGGUACUUACAGGUGAUUGUGAUCAGGAGUACAGGCAAUUAGAGGCAUAUUUACAGGUGAGUGUGUGUAGGUGUACAGGUGUGUAGGUAGUUUUAUGUCUGCGUGUAUACAUGUAUUAGAGUAUGUACUGAGGUGUACAGUUGAGUGUGUGUGUAGGUGUUAGUGUGUGUGUGGUACAGGUGUGUGUGUGUAUCAGUAUGGAGGGUGUGGGGGCCGCAGUGUUACCUGUGGUGCAGGUAUUCUUCCUGACGCUGCUGCUGCUCAUCAUGCUGCCUGCCAUGUUCGGCUUCUCACUGGGCAUCACAGAGACCUACAUGAAGAUCCUCAUCAAAACACUGAAGUGGGCAACACUGAAGAUCCAGAAAAGUGUUGAAGAGGAGAGUAAAUUAAAAUCAUCGUCCUCAUCAAAUGGUCUGAUCCAGAGGGACGACUCUUCUCUGGAGAAGGAGAUCGGUGAGCGGAGGAGGAACCGCGGCGGGGAGUUUAUUCUGAGUGAUGUGUUUUAUUUCAGUCGUAAGGGAAUCGAGUCGAUAGUUGAGGACGAGGUCACGCAGAGGUUUACCUCCGAGGAGCUGGUGUCCUGGAACCUCCUCACUCGAACCAACAACAACUUCCAGUACAUCUCCAUGAAGCUCACCGUGCUGUGGGUCAUCGGCGUCGCCGUCCGCUACGGCAUCCUGCUGCCCCUCAGGGUCUCACUGACAGCUAUUGGUCUCAGCUGGCUGGUCAUCAGCACAACUGUAGUGGGAUUCCUCCCGAACUGCUGGUUAAAGAACUGGCUGAGUGAGCUGGUGCAUGUGAUGUGUUAUCGGAUCUGCGCCCGAGGCCUUUCAGCCACCAUUCACUACCACAACAGACAAAACAAACCAAAGAAAGGCGGGAUCUGCGUCGCCAAUCACACGUCACCCAUCGAUGUGGUGAUACUGGCCAAUGAUGGAGGCUAUGCCAUGGUGGGUCAGGUCCAUGGUGGGCUGAUGGGCGUGCUCCAGCGGGCGAUGGUGCGAGCGUGCCCACACAUCUGGUUUGAGAGAGCGGAGAUGAAAGAUCGCCACCUGGUGACACAGAGAUUGAGGGAUCACGUGAAAGACAAGAAAAAACUGCCCAUCCUGAUUUUCCCCGAGGGAACCUGCAUCAACAACACAUCCGUUAUGAUGUUCAAGAAGGGAAGUUUUGAAAUCGGUGGCACCAUUUACCCCGUCGCUAUAAAGUACGACCCUCAGUUUGGGGAUGCGUUCUGGAACAGUGCGAAGUAUAACAUGGUGAGUUACCUGCUGAGGAUGAUGACCAGCUGGGCCAUCGUCUGUAACGUCUGGUACCUCCCGCCCGUGACCCAACAGGAAGGAGAAGAUGCAGUGCAGUUUGCCAACAGGGUGAAGUCUGCUAUCGCACAUCAGGGGGGGCUGCUGGACCUGGCCUGGGACGGUGGUCUGAAGAGAGCUAAGGUGAAGGAAACUUACAAACAAGAGCAGCAGAAGAAGUACAGCAGCAUGGUGGUUGGAGACGAUAGCAGCGAAUGACCCGCCAAUCACAGUACUGUGAUUCUCCAAACCCACCAAUGACAGAGAGACUCUAAUCCCACCAAUCAGAGACAUACAAGACUCUUAACCUGCCAAUUACAGACACCCAAUUCUCCAAACUCCCCCAUUACAAAUCACCUGAAUUUUAUAUUGACCAAUUACAGACAUCACAGACCUCCAAGACUCCAAAUGCUCCAAUAAUAGACUUCCAAGACUCCAAAUCCAUCAACCACCUCUAAAACAUCAACCCCACCAAUUACAGACCUCCAAAACAUCAACCCCACCAAUCACAGGCCUUCAAGACACCAACCCCACUAAUUACAGACAUCCAAGGCUCCAAACCCACUAAUUACAGACCUCUGAGACAUCAAUAUCAACUCUCCAAUUUCAGACCUCAGAAAUAUCCACUUCACCAAAUACAGACCUCCGCGACAUUAACACCAACAACCACAGACCUUCAAGACAACAACCCCACCAGUCACAGACCUCCAAGACUCUUAAACUGAAUUUUAUAUUGACCAAUUACAGACAUCCCAGCCCUCCAUGACUCCAAAUGUAGCAAUUGUAGACAUCCAAGACUCCAAACCCACCAAUCACAGACCACUGAAACAUCAAACCACAGAGCUUCUAGAUAUCAACCCACCAAUUACAGACCUCCAAAAUGUCAACAACAACCACAAACUUCCAAGACACAACCUAUUACAUAACUUUGAAAUACCAACUUCACCAUUAGAGACUCAACCCCACCAACCUCAACCUCAACCAGUCAUCAACCAAUUACUGACUUCCAAGAGCCCAAACCCACCACACCCCAAUUUCAUCAAACACAAAACCUUCAACCUCACCAGCUACAGACCAGCAACUGACCCCACCAAUCACAGACUCCAACCCAGAGGAGAUUUCUCCACAGUGACCUCAGGUCCAGAGCCAAGGAGGUUCUGAGCCUCAGAUUAUUCCUCAGCUGCCUGUAUCAGUCUGUCUGUAUGUCUGUCUGUAGUGAGGGGAUUUAUUGGGGUCUGUAUCUGAUGCCUCCUGAGGAACCAACUCUCUGACCGUCGUCCCCCAUCUCAGGUCUCAGCUCUAAUGGAAUAUAAUAAUAAUAUAUUAUUGUUUACGUGGAAAUCACUCUGUCCUGCUCUUCGUUUUGCUAAUUGCUAAAGCUGGUGAUGUUCUGAUGUGGGAGAAAGUGAAAAGGUUGCACUGAUUUAUUUUUUUUUGAUGACAGAAAAUGUUUUUAGAUGGUGCCAAAUGCAGAUAUGUGAUGAUUAUUUUUCCUCAAUAAAGGAAUUUCAGACAAAUAAA